GUGGAAUAGUCUCUGAUGUUCUUCCGCAAGAGCAGUAACCUCUGCAGAUAUUCAUCAGCCAGAGACAUGAGUGGGAUGCUUUUUCUCCUGCGCAGAAGAUAUAUGCUGUCAUGGAGCACCAGAGUUCAGCAGCUACAAAGUAUAUCUUGCCAUCCUUGCAUCCGAUAUAAAUCCUCUGGGGAACAGGACUGCCCACCUGCUGCACAGAAACGCCCACCAGUUCGAAUAGGAUGCGCAUCUGGUUUCUGGGGAGACACAGCAACAUCAGUUCCACAACUUCUGAAUGGAGGCAAACUGGAUUUCCUUGUGUUUGAUUAUCUCUCUGAAAUAACAAUGUCUUUACUGACAGCUGCAAAAGCCAAGUCAUCUAAUAUGGGAUAUGCUCCAGAUUUUGUCUAUACCGCAAUGGCUCCUUUUAUAACAGAUAUCCAUAAAUCAGGUAUACGUGUUAUCAGCAAUGCUGGGGGAACAAACCCUCUUGCCUGCGCAGCUGCAUUACAGGACGUAGUGAAGAAGGCCGACCUUGACCUGAAAAUAGCCGUUAUUACUGGUGAUGAUUUAAUGAAACAGAAAGAAGCCCUUAAAGAAUCCGGUAUCAGAGACAUGGAGAGUGGAAAGCCAUUUCCAGAGAAUAUUCACAGCAUGAAUGUUUACCUUGGGGCAAGACCAAUUAGCCGAGCACUAGACCUUGGUGCAGACAUUGUUGUGACUGGAAGAUGUGUAGACAGUAGCAUUGUAUUGGCACCCCUUAUUCAUGCUUUUAACUGGAAAAGAAAUGAAUUUGACUUGUUAGCAGCUGGCAGUCUUGCAGGUCACCUGAUAGAAUGUGGUGCUCAGUGUACAGGCGGGAUAUUCACAGACUGGCAUCUAGUACCUGACUGGCACAACAUUGGUUUUCCUAUAGUGGAAUGCACUUCUGAUGGCAAUGUUUCCUUAUCAAAGCCAAGUAAAACUGGAGGCCUUAUAUCUUUUGGAACUGUUGCUGAACAGUUGGUGUAUGAAAUUGCAGACCCCCAAAAUUAUCUUCUUCCUGAUGUGUCAUGUGACUUUUCCCAGGUUUCUAUUACUGAAAUUCAAGAUGCUGACGGUGGAGUAGUUCAUGUGUCUGGUGCAAAAGGAAAACCCCCAUCCUCUCAUUAUAAGGUGUGUGCCACUUAUCUUGAUGGAUUCAGAGCCACUGCUGUCUGCCCUGUGGGAGGACCAAAAGCAGCAGAAAAAGGAAGGCGAACAGCUGAAAGUAUUCUGAAGAGAACACAAGACAUGUUUACACAGAUUGGUUUGGAAGAUUAUACUGAUGUGAAUGUACAAAUGAUAGGUGCUGAAGAUUCAUACGGACCACAUGGUAGUGGAAAAGAGCAUGCCCGAGAAGCUGUCAUUUGGCUAUCUGUUCAUCACAAGCAGAAAAAGGCAUUGGAAAUUUUUUCAAGAGAGAUUGCACCUGCUGGAACAGGAAUGGCUCCUGGUCUUACUACAAUUGUUGGAGGACGACCCAAAGUGUCCCCAGUUCUCAAACCAUUUUUCUUUUUGUAUCCCAAGCAAAAUAUCAAGAUUGACAUAUUCAUGGAUGGUAAACAUAUAGAAACAUUUUCAGAUGACUACUCCUUUACUGUGAAUGACAUUGUUUCCUCGACUAGAGCAGCAACAGAUGAAGUUCCUAAAGAUUUGCCCAGUGGUCCUUACUCCUAUCGAUUAGAAGAACUAGCUUAUACAAGAAGUGGAGACAAAGGCAACAAUGCAAACAUUGGUGUUGUUGCUCGUCAUCCACUCUAUUACCCAUAUCUUAAAAGAGCACUUACUGCCCAAGUCGUAGAAGAUUAUUUCCAGCAUUUAUUACAUAAAGAGCACUUAGAUGAACAAUCAGUGACUAGGUAUGAGUUGCCAGGAAUAUAUGCAUUAAACUUUGUUCUGAAGAAUUCCCUAGGGGGUGGAGGAAUCGCAUCCCUAAGAAGUGACCCCCAGGGAAAGGCUUUUGGACAGAUGCUGCUGGACCUUAAGAUCACCAAUGUCCCUGACUUGAAAUCAUUAAUUGAUUAAAUAAGAUUUAUGGUCACUUUUUUAUGUAAAAAAAAAAAGACACUUAUGAAUGAAAUCAGAAUGUUUACUAUUAUUUCCUGAAACCUCAGUAGCAGUAGGCUACAAAAGACAGGUGCUGCAGAAUGUUGAAAAAAGUUACCACAAUAUGCUGCACCAUUAUAUGUGUGUUUGAUGUGUACUCAUAUAGUUGAACAUUUUGUAAUAUAUUAUAUAUUAUUCUAAUAAUACUGUGGGGGCGUUUGUAAUUUUUUUAAUGUCUUCUAAAAAUGCUAAUUUGUAUACAAUAUAUGAUGCUAUCCAUCUGUUUGAUAUCACACAAGUCCUUGAAGUGCCUUGAACCAAAGUGAGAUGACAUUAAAAUGAUCUUUAUUUUAUUCUCCAGCAGCCCCUCAAGAAAAAGAAAAACUUUCCAAUAUUACCAUCUUGUGUGAAAUCAUACAAAUCCCUUAUUGCCUGUCAUUUGACAUAUCACAGAUCCAGAAACAAAAAGCAUUGGCUUAUGUACUUAAAUGGGUAUUGGAGGAAAUAAAUAUAUGUUAAUCAUUUGUAGGAUUAAGCAUAAAUAGUGUACAGCUAUCUUGGAGGAAAAUAUAAAUCUUCACUAUUCCCACUGUAACAUUAAUGUUUAUUGGCUGUCAGAAACAACUUCCACAGCUGUAUGGUUGAAGAGCAAAAGAGUGUGGGGGGGGGGGGGAAACAGGUUUACUAACAGGCCAAACCUAUACAAAAUGGUACUACAUGUUUUAAUGCCCUACAGAACUUGAAACAAAGGAAAACAUUCAGUGAUUCUUAGAUGUAAACUCACUGCAAAACCAAUGUCACCUGAACGUUUACAGAAACAUAGAAUUAUUAGUCAAUAGUUUUAUUUUGUUUUUGUUAUUAUUCUGGUACAAGUUGUAUCAGAUAAACAGGUAAACACACAAAAAAGAAAAAACUAUUAGGGUUUAAACGGUUUUCAACACUUUAUAAACAAACAUAGUUCUGCCCUGGGCCAUGUUUUUUUUUUUUUUUAAAUGGAAUAGAAUGUAAAGCCCUGUGUCUCUGUAAGCAGAACAUACUGCCAUAGGGUCUAAACUCCUAGGACUGCGGCCUGCAUGCAGGAAAGUUGUCCGUGGGAGUAGUAGCUUAGUUCCUGUAGCUGGUUAAUCCUAUGAGAGCCCGUUAUUAACAUGUUAUUGGCACUGUCCCAUCACAAGUACAAUGAAUACUGUGCAUGACUAAAAUACAGUAUUGUUUUCUCUUGUAGCUGCACAACAGCCCAAAUAAUUAUAUAAAAUCACUAGAUUUUUUUUUUAAGUUGGGGUUUUAUGACGCCUUCUAGCCUAGUUUACAGUGAAUAUAUAAAUACCCUUUUAGAUGUGUGGAUUUAAGUAUAGCUGUAAAAUGCAUUCUGAGUGAUGAGUCUUACAGCUAUUUAUUUGUAUGGGAAAUUGUUCUUAAAAUCCUUCUUCCAUCUAAAAGAAGGAAUUUCAAACAGUGGCAGCAAUCCUGACCCCACAAUGCGGAGAUCCACAGGUAAGAGGGGUCCUUGCCUUGCCAGAGUUUCAGGGUCGGUGGGCCACUGCAGGGCCACAUCCCCAGCUGGGGACCAGUGUUAGUGUGAGCAGAGGGAGACCACCGCCACGGAUCAACCUGUGUGCACAGCGUAUCUUACAAGGCCACUUCCCUGCAGGCCAGACAGUCGGGGUUGGGGGGUGGCGGUGGCCACAGCCUUAAUGGGAACAAGGCAGAAAUUCAGCCAAAGGAUUAGGGGGACUUAAAAAAAAAAUCCAUCCCUGAUUUCCAAUAUAUAAUAUAAAAUAUAUUUUGUAGGAAAAACAGAUUUACAUGCGUUUAAAGGGGCAUGGAAACCUUUCUUGAUUCGGAUAGAACAUACAAUUUUAAGCAACUUUCCCAUUUACUUCUAUUGCAAAAUUUGAUUCAUUCUCUUUGUAUUCUUUGUUGAAGGAGUAGCUGUGCACUACUGGGGCUAGCUUAACACAUCUGGUGAGCCACUGACCAGAGGCAUAAAUGUGCAAUUACCAAUCAGCAGCUUGCUCCCAUGAGUGCAUUGCUGUUCCUGAUCCUACCUAGGCAUGCUUUUCAUCAAAGGAUACCAAGAAAACAAAACAAAUUAGAUAAUAGAAGUAAAUUAGAAAGUUGUCUAAUAUUGUAUGCUCUAUCUGAAUCAUGAAAGAAAGUUUUUAGAUUUUACGUCCCUUUAAUAAGCCUAUUUUUCUUGUCAGAUCCCAGAAUACUUUUCCCACUCACUCAACAGAUUGGUUGAUGUUCUCCCUAUCAGCGAAUGAAUAAUACUCUGAGAUACUGUAAUAUGUUUAAUUGCUGCUUGUUCAUGAGCAUGAUAAAAAAAACAUUGCAUGUUUAAAGGGAGCUGCUGCCAUUUCUAACUCACGGUGGAGUGCUAUUUAUAACAACCACUUUCACUGUUUGAAAGUAAAUAAAAAAAUAAUGGUACACAUAAUAAGCACCAGUGUUGGUUUACAUAAAAAUAUAUAUAAUUUUACAAUGCAUAGCUUCAUUUUCAACACUUUAACCCUUAAAGUGACAUUAAACGUUUUGAGAUUGUAAUAUAAAAUGUUUAUUAUGCAUUGCAAAAUAAAACUAUUAUUAUUAAUGUUGUAUCCCCUUCAUGACAAUUAAUUGUUUUCCAGUUCUAGCGGAUUGGAAUUGCACAUAGCAGGCUUCACAUGCUGACAUAUUUCUGUCCCUAAUAAGCCUCAGCUGAGAUUAAAAUGCAAAAUAAUGGAACAUUUUGCUAAGAAAAUGACAGCAGAAAUCCUUGUCUACUCUAGUGCCAAAUCUUGAUGGGCUCUUCCAAUUAAGGCAAAUGGUGGAUAGAAUUUGGUUGUAGAAAAACAAUUGCAGAAAACGCGGUGAUAAUGCAUUUAACUUUUUUUACACUCGGCUAGUAUGUUAAUUUAUUGCAAGACAGUAGGAAAAUAUUGUGAUUGCAAAGUGUUUACUGACUCUAAAUCACUGGUCCGUUAAUAGAUGUGGCAUUUAUUUUUUUCUUGGUUUAUUUAAUUUGAAACAUUUACAAUUACACAUUAGUUAUACACAGUAUUAAUAGAUCCUUGGAAGCAAAUGUGUAUAUGAUAUAUAUAAUGCUGUGUAUUUCUAUAAAUUCUACUAGUUUUUUAUUGUUAGAAUUAAACUCCACCUUUUCUUUACAUUUUUGUAUUAAAUCAUUAUGUUACCAUACCACUAACAGUAUGUACGACUUUUUAACAAAUAAAUGAAUUUAUUAUGAACGUA